ACGACGCUUUUUCAAUCUUUCUUAGUAUUCGCGGGUUCGUCUCUCCCUCCGAUACAAGGGAAACAUAAGAUUAAUAUUCAAAUUAUCAACUCCCGAGUCCAUUCUACUGAAGUAUCAUUCUGAUUUCUGACAUCAUUCCUUGCUAGCCAAAAAAUUACGGUAGUAUAAGAAUUUCUUCAGCAAGGCUUCUUGAUAUGUGGGAUUCCAUGUUGACAUCAAAGCCCUCCCACGAGGAGGUGGACAUGCUUCGCUAGUAGUAUGCGCUGAUGCAUUUGAACGCCGAAGCCACGUCGAAUUAACAAUAUACUGGUAUUUCGAUAAUCCUUUCGCAACGUUCAAGUUGAUCCCUGUGUUAUCUCAUUCUUUGACAGAAAGAAACUCGCAAUCUGAUGGAAACCUGGAAAUCACGAUGUUCCCGACAACCCGAUAGCUUCUUGUUCAACGUUGAAACUUUUUGGCGUGAUAACUUGCUAAUUAAUUCGAAAAGUAUCCGUUGCUUCAUGGAUAGGACCUCCAAAAAGCGUCAAACUAGCGUGCAUAGCAAUAAGUCUUAAUGAGGAUGCGGCUUGAACUGUAAGCUACUCAGAAUCUUAGCAACGUAGCUGAUUUUAUGGAAGAGAUUAGCAGAUUUUUUAUCCAAAAAGAGAAAUACAAUGACAGUCGGUGGGUAUUUAUGUUGGUUUUCUGCUAUUAAGCCAUUCCUUGCUCCGCCUUGGGGUAAGCCCUCAUUAUUUCCUUUAUUCUUUUGAAAAAAAUCAUACAAGAACACGAACAGCUCAACUUAUGCUGCUGCUAUAUCUCACUCUUUUUCUUGUCGAUUGCUUAAAAAGUUAUUUGUUUGUUCUUUAUUAUUCGUCUAAGUACAUUGUCUAAUAUUUUACGAAUGAUUAUAUAUUUGAAUAUUGGAAAGCAUUUCAAUAGUUAACCUGUUCAUUGAGCGGCUUAAGAGAAGAAGCGAAGAUUAACUCAAUUUGCAUUAUCGAGGGCCAAUUUUCAAUUCAAGAAAACAAGGGUACAGGGAAUGGCAGGUGAAUUGCGUGGGUUUUCGAUGCGUCUGGGUUCAAAGAUGACACCAUCCCACAAUGACAGAAUUCUGUCUUCCUCGUUCUCUUAUAGCAGAGUGAAUUCGGCACAUUCAAAGAAUGCAGCAUCUGAUUUAGGAAGUACAGGAUCCAUUACUCUAACCCGGAAAAAGACCACCAAAAGAUUGUUGGCUGUUUGUACUCUUGCAGAUGUUGCUAAUAAUUUUACGGCCUUGCAGUCACCGUUACAUGGACAAUUAGAGGUGGACCCAAAGACUGUUGCUUCCAUCAUAUUAGGUGGUGGAGCUGGAACUCGUCUUUUCCCCCUUACUCAAAGAAGAGCUAAGCCUGCUGUACCAAUUGGAGGAUGCUAUAGGCUGGUAGAUAUACCUUUGAGUAAUUGCAUUAACAGUGGCAUUAAUAAAAUUUACAUUCUUACUCAAUUCAAUUCCCAGUCCCUCAACCGCCACAUUGCUCAAACUUAUAAUUUAGGAAGUGGCAUCCAUUUCGGCGGCGGUUUUGUUGAGGUAUUAGCGGCAACUCAAACCCCUGGAGAAUCAGGAAAGAAAUGGUUUCAGGGGACAGCAGAUGCUGUAAGACAAUUUCUCUGGUUGUUUGAGGAAGCUGAGCAUAGAAACGUAGAGAAUGUUCUGAUCUUGUGUGGGGAUCAACUUUAUCGAAUGGAUUACACGAACUUUCUGCGGAAGCACAUUAGCUCAAAUGCUGAUAUAUCUAUAUCUUGUCUCCCAGUGGAUGAUAGUCGUGCUUCUGAUUUUGGGUUAGUGAAGGUUGAUGAAUCAGGACGGAUCUGUCAGUUCCUGGAAAAACCUAAGGGAGAACAGUUGAAGUCUAUGCAUGUAGAUACAACUGUCCUCGGCUUAUCAGCUCAAGAAGCAAAGAAAUUCUCGUAUAUUGCAUCUAUGGGGAUAUAUUUGUUUAAAACCGAUGUUCUACUAAACCUCCUCAGGCGCUGCUAUCCAAAUGCAAAUGAUUUCGGGUCUGUGGUCAUCCCGAUGGCCACAAAAGAUUUUAAUGUGCAGGCUUAUCUUUUCAGUGGAUAUUGGGAAGACAUUGGGACCAUAAAGUCUUUUUUUGAUGCAAACAUGGCCCUCAUGGAUCAGCCCCCGAAGUUUCAGUUGUAUGACCAGUCAAAGCCAAUCUUUUCACGUCCUCGAUUCUUACCACCAACUAAAUUGGAGAAGUGCCAGGUAAUGAAUUCUUUGAUUUCAGAUGGUUGCUUUUUGAGAGAAUGCAGUAUUGAACAUUCAAUUGUGGGAGUUCGCUCAAGAAUAGAUUCUGGAGUUCAGCUGAAGGACACCAUGAUGAUGGGUGCUGACUUUUACCAAACUGAAGCCGAAAUAGCAGCUCUCUUGGCGGAGGAAAAUGUCCCAAUUGGCAUUGGGAAGGACACCAAAAUCGUAAUGUGCAGGAGGCAGACCGACCUUCUGAGGGUAUCUACAUUCGAUCAGGAAUCACAGUGGUUCUCAAAAACUCUGUGAUAGGCAACGGUACAAUCAUUUAAAUGAUGAUGGGUGCUCAUUGACUGGAUUCUGCCACAACCCACCAACAAAGUCACGCACAUGAAAAAGGCGUACUAGCCUCAAACUUCGGCUCCCAUACGAAGAUCCAUCAACAAGCGCAAACAUCAAGUUUUGACCGGUGGCUACUUGGCAACGCUGUUAAAUUCAUUCAUUGCCUUAAUUGUAUUCAUUUUUCUUCCACCCACUUGGUAGUUGCAAUAUUUGUAUCACUGAAUAUCGAGUAUAUUUGAAUAAGUAUUCAUAAACAGGCAGUCACUUGCAAGGAUAAAGGGCGUACUUGUUUU